AUGUACUCGAUGCUCUUCCUCGGUGGGGUGGCAGCCGGCGGCAUUUUCAGUGGGACGAACCCGGCGUACCAAGUCUAUGAGAUCCGCCACCACAUCCGCAUGGCGCAGGUCAAGAUGUUCAUCGUGGAACCCGAAGUGCUGGGUCCGAUCCUAGAGGCGGCGGAGCUCGAGGGUCUCACGCGGGACAAGAUCUUCAUCUUCAACACGCGGCCGCAGCAAGACGUGCCCGAGGGGUUCCGGAGCUGGGAAUGGCUCCUGUCGCAGGGAGAGGAGGAUUGGGUGCGCAUCACGGACCUCGACGAGCUGCAGCGCACCGAGGUGGCGCGGCUCAACACGUCCGGGACGACGGGCCUGCCCAAGACGGCCAUGCAGUCGCACUACAACGCGACGUCGUGGCACACGAUGCUGCACGACAUCGCGCGCGUGCCCUGGACGGUGCGCAACCUGUACACGCUGCCGGGGUUCCACGUCGCCACGGUGCCGCUGGUGCACGCCUGCCCGCUGAUCACGGGCGACCAGUGCUGGAUCAUGCGGCGGUUCGAGCUCGAGGGGUUUCUGGCGGCUCUCGAGCGCCACCGCAUCACAAACAUCGGCAUCGUGCCCCCGCUCGUCAUCGCCAUCAUCAUGUCCCCCCUGCGCCACCGCUACUCGCUCCGCUCCCUCCGCCAGGUCAAGUGCGGCGCCGCGCCCCUCGACGCCGCCUCCCAGGAAAAGUUUCGCCGCCUGUGCAGCCCCGACGCCACCUUCACCCAGGUCUUUGGCAUGACCGAGACGACGGGCACCAUCUCCCACUUUUACUACCCGGGCACGGACGACACGGGGAGUGUGGGGAGUCGGUUCCUGCCCAACACGGAUGUCAAGUUGAUCGACGACAAGGGCAACGACAUCACGGCCUACGACGUCCCCGGGGAACUCUGCGUGCGCGGCCCCACCGUCGUCAGGGGCUACUUCAACAACCCCAAAGCCAACGCCGAGGCGUACGACGCCGAGGGCUACCUCAAGACCGGCGACGUGCUGUACUGCGACGGCAAGACCAAGAAGUGGUACAUUGUCGACCGGAAGAAGGUACAUCUCCCCUCACUCUUUUCAGCCCAUCGUCAUACUAAUCACAAGGAUAAUAAGGAACUCAUCAAGGUCCGGGGCUUCCAAGUCUCGCCCUCGGAGCUGGAGGGCGUGUUACUCAUGCAUCCGCGCAUCGUCGACUGCGCCGUGGUGGGAUUCCGCCGUCCGGGCGGGCCGUUGCACGGUGUUGCCGACGAAUUGAUCCGCGCGUACGUCGUCUUCCGGCCCUCGACAUCGACAUCGACAACGUCAUCGCCACCAGAGCCAGAACCGCCCUUGACCGCCGACCAAGUCAAGGCGCACAUCCGCGCCCACCUCGCCAGCUACAAGGCCCUCACGGGCGGCGUGGUCUUUGUGCCCGAGAUCCCCAAGAGCGCCAGCGGCAAGAUCCUCAAGAGGGUCUUUGCCGAGCAGAUCGAGAGGGAGAUGGCGUCGUCGAAGACUGAGGGUCAGGGCGAUGGGGGAAGCCAGAGGGCCAAGUUGUGA